AUGGGUAAAGUACACGGUUCUUUGGCCCGUGCGGGUAAAGUCAAAUCUCAAACUGCGAAAGUAGAAAAGCAAGAUAAGAAGAAACAAAAAACCGGAAGAGCUAAAAAGCGUGCGGUCUAUAACAGAAGAUUUGUUAACGUUACUCUUACCGGUGGCAAGAGAAGGAUGAAUCCUGCUCCAACAAGCGACAGACCUUGA